AUGUGGUUCUUCCUCCUCCUCCUCUUUCUUGCUCACCUGGGGCCGGUGAACCUACAAGGUGAACCAAAGAGGCUGAUUAUAAAGGGCGAAGAAGAUCCAUGUAAGGGCCAUGUCGAAAUCUACAACAACAAUACUUGGGGCUACGUUAGGAACAAGAACUGGAACGAAAACUUUGAGAAGGUGGUGUGCAAGAGCACCCACUGUGGGACCAGGUUGGACUCCACGGGCUAUGGGCUUCGGCCCUGGGGAAGCAAAGUGUGGGUCUAUCAUGCGAAUUGCAAAGGAAAUGAGAAGCAACUGUGGGACUGCGGCGAGCCUAAGUGGGACAUCACCAACCAGAGGGAUGACACUUUUAGAACCUUUGAAUGCUCCAAUAAAGUCAGUAUCAAACUGGAGCCGCAUAAAUGUGCAGGAGUUGUCAAGUACUCCAUUGAAGGAGGAACGUCAGGUUACUUCUGCCCUGGCACCUGGGGAAAUGAUGAAGCCAACCUUUUGUGUCAGCGCCUUGACUGUGGCAACGUCAAGGAAAUCCCAGAGUAUCAGUGGUUUGACUGGGAAAAAACCUCAAACUCUAAGUUCAUGACGAUCAAUUGUGUGGGCACGACGAAUUUAACACACCUGUGGCAGUGUGCAGACCAGGAAUCAGACCGACAAUGCCAAAAACCUGCUUCUGUUAUAUGCAAAGGUUUUGAGAGAGUUCAGCUGGAUCAAACUGGAACAAAUGUGUGCUCUGGGCGUCUGGUAAAAGAAGAUAAAGAUGGAAAGUGGACUCCUGUUAAGGACACGGAAACCAAACCUGAGACUUGGUGCAAGCAGAUGCACUGUGGGGGGUCUAAUCAAACACAAGUCAGUGACAGUUCGACAGUGACAUGCUCAGAAGAUGUCCAAGUAGUUCUGAUGGACAAAAACACAGAGAGCACUUGCUAUGGCAGAGUUCACAUAAAGGUGAGCAAUACCCUUUAUCCUGUGUGUGCCUCCAAUCCCUGGACCGAGAAAGAAGCUCAAGUGGUGUGUACGGAGAAAAAGUGUGGAAAGAUGAUAGAAACAAAUAAGCCACAGCAGUCUCCUGUAGAUGGGAUCAUGGACUUUGUUACAUGCUCAGGCAGUGAGUCUUCACUUUGGCACUGUUGGGGCAAACGCGACAAAAAACUGUUCAGAUGUAACUCCUACGCCAACGUAGUUUGUGCAAGCAGCUUGGAUGUGAGACUGGAAGACGGGCCUGGGACAUGUGCAGGGAGGUUGGAGAUAAAACACAAGGGCCAAUGGUUAAGAGUCAAUGAUAAAACAUGGAAAUCACCCAAUUCUGACGUUGUUUGCAGACAUCUGAAUUGUGGGAAUGAGAGAAAACCAAUCAGUCCUGAUGUUAAAUACAGCAAGGGUUCUGGUGGUUUCCUGGAUGUUACUAUAACAUGUGCUGAUAAUUCCAAACACAUUUCAGAGUGUGAAAUCAGACCCCCAAACAGUAGCCCAAACCAACCAACGUCCCAAAGAGGUGAAGACGUCUGGAUAACCUGUGAGGAGCACAGGAUGGUCUUUCUGGCUAGCAGUAAUUCCUGUUCCGGCUUGGUGGGAAUAGAGCAGGGCAAAAAAAACUUCUAUCUCUCAGGGUCAAACGAUACAUGGACCCAAAACGUGGCUGACACAGUGUGUCGGGAGAUGAACUGUGGGGAGGUGUCCAGCAAAGAUAACACAUCUAAUGCUGAUGGGAAGAAAAAGGUUUGGGAUAAGGCCUACGACUGCUCAGCUAAUUCUUCAUCUUUGUUUAAAUGUAAUAGUACGACACCGUCAUCAGACCAUAAGAGUUCUAUUGCCACUGUGACAUGCAAAGGAAACACCACUGUGACUCUGACUAAGGGCUGCUGGGGAAAUGUCAACAUCUGUACGGGUACACUCUGUGGCGCAGUACGGAACGACAGCUGGACUGGUAAAAAGUCUGAAAUGCUGUGUAAAAAUCUGAACUGUGGAAAAGCAAUGCUGAAUGCCAAAACCUCCCUUCAAGAAGGCAAUGUGGCCUUUAAGAGCGUGCACACCACGAAGCACACAAAAAAACUCAGCCAGAGCAGCUUCAUCAAAGACGAAGAAAAGGACAUGGCCAUGAAACAAUACCCAGCUUUUGUUGUCUGCUCAGAGAGCGUUGAAACCAGGAUAACUAAAACCAGAGACAAAUGUUGUGGGAAUGUGGAGGUUUUCUUUGAAGGUCAAUAUCUCCCAGUGUGCAAAGAUGCUCUGGAAAGUGGCAAAGCAAAGAACCUCAUCUGUGAGGAGCAGAAAUGUGGUCAGGCUGUGGCAGUGUAUGACUUCUUUGGACCUAAACCUAGCUCUGGUAGCAUUAAAACAAUCAACUGUGCUGAUAAUGUGAAGUCUUUGAGGGAAUGUGACAUCACAUCCGGCCCGCCCAGCUGCGAUCUUGCUGCUCUACAGUGCUCUGGCUGCAGCAAGAUGGAGCUGAAAACUGGCACGGCCUGCAGUGGAGCUCUGUUUGUCCACGUGGGAGAUGAAAGAAGAGCCGUCUCUGCAGAGGGCUGGACUGACACUGAGGCAAACAGGCUGUGCCAAGAUCUGAAAUGUGGUAAUAAAAGAGAAACAAAGGCAAUUGAACCUGUAGACAAAUCUUUCUGGACCACUAGCUUCAGUUGUGAUGCUGAGAGCAAACCAGAAAGUAUCUGGGCCUGUGAAAAAACAAAUAUCACAUCAACACAGAAGAACCAGCUCUCCAUUACAUGUCAAGGUGAGCCGAAGAUCAGCCUCUCAAAAAGCUGGGGGGGUGAAGUGCAGAUAGACGGUGUUGGUGUGUGUGACACAGGCUGGAACAAGGACUAUUCAGACUUAGUUUGUGAAGAAAUGAACUAUAGCAAAGCUUUUCGGACCAUGGCCAUCAAAGUUCUUGCGCCAGAGAAGGAGUAUUACCAUGUCAAGUGUGAGAAGUACCACUUUAAACUUGGACAGUGCAGAAGAUUCAAGGCAAAAUGUGCCGGGAACUUGGUCUCCAUUUCCUGUUCUUUCAAGUUCAGCACCACAGAAAAAUGUGGAGGUCAGAUUCUGAUUAAUUAUUGGAAUGAGUGGGAAAAUGUGUGCUUUACGCUGCCUUUGGACUCUAAAUAUAUAAAGCAGCUGUGUGAGAAGUGUAAUAAUACCAUUCCUGCUACACAACCUACACCCAAGACAACUUGGGGUACCAAAUUGGAUUGCACCAAUGAUCCAGCAAGAGUCGAGGACUGUGUUCGGCAAGAGUCUUGUACCAGUUCUACAGAUAGAAUCACCUGUCCAGGGUAUGUUCAACCUCCAACACCGCCACCACCUCCACCACCUCCACCACCUAUACUACCUAUCAUCGUUGGAGUUGGGUUUCUUCUGCUGGUGGUCUUUCUGGCAAUUGUAUUUGUACGAAUCUACAUUGUCCGCAGAGCCAAGAGGGCCUCUAAUGCCAUAUCGAGAAUGUUUUCAAAGAGGGAAGAGGAGUUUGAAAGUGGCGACUAUGAGGAUGUAACCAACAGAGCCAAUGAAAUGGAAGACUUCAGUCUAAGUGGAUUCAGACCUGAGUCCAAAUUCAUCACAGAGGGUGAAGCUCACAGCUUUUCCUCUCUCCCUUACGAUGAUGUUGAUGAAGCCAUUACUGAUGCUCAACCUCUGACCUCUAAGGCCUCCGUUGCUGUUGUUUCAGGGGACAUCCCCAAGGACGCUCUUAAUCGAAGACCAGAUGGCAUGGCCUAUGAGAAUGACGACCCCCAGGACAACUACGAUGACAUUGAGGAAAACAUUGAGACCCAUCAGAUGAGAGCCGAAGUCCAUACCGGCCACCAUAUCACACCAGGAGAUGAUCUACCCCCACCUCCAGAACUGCUACAGGAAGAUGUUGACUACCUGGUGCCAGGUGAAGAUGGUUGAGCAGGAAUAUCAGCUAAAGUUAACUUUAUCCAGCAGAAGUUAACAACCCCUAACCCAGUCCUUUAUUACAAAAAAGUAACCCUAAGAGUCCAGAUAUCCUCUAGACCAGUAUAUCCCAAACUUUUUUACUGGACAGUAAAUUGUGAAUUCUCUGUUAAUAAUGUGAAGAUCCCAGUAAAAUAUUGGCUACAAAUGAUCCCAUAUCCAUAAAUCUGAAUAUAACCAAUUACAAUUAGGAUUGUUAUUGAGUAGAAUAUCUUUUGUUAUUGCUUGACUCCACUAAAUAUAGUAUUUAAUGUACCCUAUUUUCACGUAUAAGUCACAUCAGUCAAAAAAUGCAUCAUGAAGAGGAAAAAGCAUAUAUAAGUCACACUGGACUAUAAGUCGCAUUUAUUUAGAAACUGACACACCGUUGUCCGUAGUCUGAUAGAGAGGCAGUUGCAUUGCAUGAAGUGGUAACACCAAGAAGGCCCACCUGCAAAGUCAUUUAUAUUCAUCUCCUUCGCAACUACCAGGGUGUGGUGGAGACGUAACUGCACUGUUGACAAGCCUCUCCCGGCAGCACAUUGUUAGAGCACCCAUCUGUGGACUCGUUCCUCCAGCUCUGGCUAUCUUGCUUUCCUUGUUUUAUCCAUUGCAGUAAGAGUAACCUCUGCUUUCUGCCAGCCCGUCACAAGUUUCUCACUCACUCUAAACUUUCUUCCUGCUGCUCAGUACUGUUUUUGUUAAUUUUUCAGUGGUACAUGAGCAGCAUAUAGUUGUCACAAGCCUAGAGCGCCCUC